CAUGGCGGAACAGCCCUGUUUCCUUUUGGGAUGACUUCCUUAUUUUCACACAGGCUUAUCGGAUUGGCUGUUCUGUGGCCACGUGGCCGGCCAGCUGUCUCCUGAUUGGCUAAGUCGUUAGGCGUCGCGAAGUCUUCGUGUGGGCAGUUAGGGGCGGGGCGCAGGGCGGUUGCUGAGGUGACGAAAGAGGCCUAUGCUCCCGCCUUCAGCGAAACCGGAAGUGUGAGGGAGUCUGGUGGUGGCAGCGCCUCAGUGUCGCCGCAGGUCAGGGAAGGGCGCUGGGAUCCUCGUGGGGAAGCCCUCUCCGGGGGCAGGGGAAUGGCGCCCGCUUUCUCGACUCAUUGCGCCAGGGACAAGGGGACUCUGCGGCUUCCUCGGAAGUAAUGAAUGGGGCCCAUUCUUCGUACUGAAUGGCAGCCACGUAGACGGACUGGUGAUUUACUAUGGCCAGCAGAAGGAGAGGAAAUCACAGGAAAUGUAUCUCUCCCACUGUGAACUCUCAUAAGCCUUCAGCACACGACUGUCAAACUCACAGUAUAUGCAUGGUAUCUGACUUCUUUUAUCCUAACAUGGGAGGAGUAGAAAGCCACAUCUACCAACUGUCACAGUGCCUGAUUGAAAGAGGUCACAAAGUUAUCAUAGUCACCCAUGCUUAUGAAGACCGUAAAGGCAUUCGUUACCUCACAAAUGGAUUGAAAGUCUAUUAUUUGCCAUUAAGAGUCAUGUACAACCAGUCUACAGCAACAACUCUGUUCCAUAGCCUGCCUUUGCUCAGGUAUAUAUUUGUGCGCGAAAGAGUCACCAUUGUCCAUGCCCAUAGUUCAUUUUCUGCUAUGGCUCAUGAUGCUCUGUUCCAUGCCAAAACAAUGCAGCUACGGACAGUUUUUACAGACCAUUCCCUUUUUGGAUUUGCUGAUGUCAGUUCAGUGCUUACAAAUAAACUCUUGACUGUAUCGCUGUGUGAUACAAAUCACAUAAUAUGUGUUUCUUACACUAGCAAGGAGAACACUGUGUUGAGAGCAGCACUGAAUCCUGAGAUAGUUUCUGUUAUUCCUAAUGCUGUUGAUCCUACUGACUUCACUCCAGAUGCAUCUAGACGGGACAGUAACACAAUAACUGUUGUUGUCGUCAGCAGGCUUGUAUAUAGAAAAGGUAUAGAUUUGCUUAGUGGUAUAAUUCCUGAGCUUUGUCAAAAGUAUCCAGAACUACAUUUUUUAGUUGGAGGAGAAGGGCCAAAGCGAAUCAUAUUAGAAGAGGUACGGGAAAGAUACCAGCUACAUGACAGAGUUCAUCUUCUGGGAGCUUUGGAACAUCAGGAUGUUCGGAAUGUCUUGGUCCAGGGACAGAUUUUUCUGAACACUUCUCUCACCGAAGCAUUUUGCAUGGCAAUUGUAGAAGCUGCCAGUUGUGGGUUACAGGUGGUAAGCACAAAAGUUGGUGGGAUUCCUGAAGUGCUGCCAGAUGAUCUUAUAAUCUUGUGUGAACCUUCAGUGAAUUCUCUGUGUAAUGGAUUGGAAAAAGCUAUUGGCCAGUUGAAAUCAGGAUCACUUCUGUCUCCUGAAAUCAUACAUAGCAAAGUUAAACCUUUCUAUACUUGGAGAAAUGUUGCACAGAGAACUGAAAAAGUGUAUGACAGAGUGGGAAGUGAAACUGUAUUGCCAAUGUCCAAACGGCUUGACAGACUUAUCACUCACUGUGGCCCGGUGACUGGCUGUAUUUUUGCUCUUUUGGCUGUGCUUAGCUUUCUCUUCCUUGUAUUCUUGAGAUGGAUGACACCAGAUUACCUUAUUGAUUCUGCAAUAGAUGCCACAGGUCUGAAUGGAGUAUGGACACAACAACAUUUUCCCAAUAAAAAUAAAAAAGGAAAGAUUUUAAAUACCUAAAGGUACUACAAUAUGAAGAAAGGACUUGGUUCUCCUACAGUUUCAGCAUGACGGUUGGAUUGACACUUACCAAGUGAAAAUAUUCAUAAAUUAUUGGAAACUUUCCUAACUGAUUUGGAGGAAAUUUGGUAAGAUGUUCUACCUCAAAUUAGGAUGGUCUAAAAUGGCUUAGGAUAGACAUGCUUGCCAAGAUUUGGAGCAAUAAUUGUUCACUCUUAUUUUGACUUUAAUUGUUUUGUAUAAAUGGGCAGAAUAUUAUUCUGCCUGCCAAUGAAAGAAAAAGUGGGGAAAAGUAAGUGAACAGAUCUGUUUGUAAUGCGGUGAGUAUUUUUAUUUUCCUUUGGCAGCAUUCAUCACUGGUUUUCUGUUCUCUCAUAAUAAAAUGGGAUCAGAACUGUAAAUCUGCUUAUCAUGUCUGCUUCUAGAAUAUAGGACACUAGAAGGAUCAGACCCAAAGAUGAAUGACAUACGAUACUUUUUAAAUACUUCCCCACAUUUAGAUUUGAAAUUCAUAUUUUGGGAGAAAUUGUUUCUUGCUGAUUUCGUAGCCUUUUUUUUUUUUUUUUUGGGUGGUUGGUUUAAAUGGAACCCAUAGUAUCCUACUCCAUUAAGAAGCUCCAAUGAUCCAUGCGAUCAGUUAGAGCCCAAACAGACAGCCAAAAUCAGGUCACUUGGAAGGUAUGCUGUUUAAAUGAUGCAUGCUUCCUAAGAGGCUGGAAGCCGUGCCAAAGCCAUUCUCUAGUCCUAAGGAUUGGAGUGCAGCUUUGGCGUAGCCUCUGGCCUCUUAAGAUGUGUAUGUCAUUUAAACAGCAUACUUCAAAAGUGACAUGAAGCAGCUUUAUUUUGGCCUAUCUGUUCAGGCCCUUAGACAUCCUCACUUGCUACCCCUUUGCUCACAAGAAGAGAUUAGAAGCUUCUGCUUUUAGAUAAAUUACACUUUCUCUUUACUUGUGAAUUAAACCAGAAUCAAACCAUGGUUUUAAUUCUUAGCUAUCAAAUGAAUAAUGGAUUUGAUAGCUAAGAAUUAAAAUCAUGGUGUGAUUAUGGUUUAAUAAGCCACAGUUCUGUGAAUUUGAUAACGUGCAACUGUACCUUGUUGAAAAGCAGACUCUUUCAACCCCUCUUGUGGGGGAAAGAGCUUUUAUUAAUAUGUUCAUUUCAGCUGAUCCUGUGUUUUGGCUGUUUUCUUCUUUACACUCCAGAUAAAUAAAUGGACAUAAAAAUUGCUCCGUAUUUUGAGUUGGGUGCUAUGAUGAUUCAUGUUAUUCGCUCCUGCUUCUACAUUGUAGACAGUUACAAUAAGGCAAGCACUCAUCAUUUCUGUGGCAACUGGGUGGAGAAAUGCCCAUCAAGUUUAUUAUAACUCAUUGCUUUUUAAUUUAGGAUAGUGUAUCCCGCUCUAGAGUUUGCAAUUCUAUGCUCAAAACUAAGAGAUUAUACAUGAAUAAUGGUUACCACAGAUACUGGAAUAAUAAUUUUUAUAAAUUUCCAAAAUAAGAAUAGAUAGCAUCGAGCUAAAGAUCGAAGCAAAGGUGUUGCAUGGAGAAUAUUUAUCGUUAUUAUAAUAUUAGUUUCAAACAUCUAUAUACAUCUUUUUCCACAGGAGCAAAACUAUCUAGGUCAGUGAUGGCGAACCUAUGCCAUGCGUGCCGGAAGUGGCACUUGAUGCCAUUUCCUUUGGCACGGGGCGAGGGAGAAGCGGAAGAGGCACGCAUGUAUCCGUUCCUCCUCCUCCCUGCCUUUUCCUGGCCUCAACAGAAAAGGGCGCUCUGGAGAAGGAACCAGAGGAGCGCGCCUCUGGCUCCUCCUCGCAGCCUUCUCCUGGCCUUCAGCUGCCUCUUUAAGAGAGCUAGAGGCCGGGGAAAGGGCGGGGAGAGGAGGAGCGACCGGCACGUGCCAGCUGCGCCUCCCCAGGGACCUUUGCCAGCCUCCAACUGUCUCGGGAGAGACAGCUGGAGGCAGGGGAAGGUCCGUGGGGAGGGAGGCAGGGGGUGUGCCCAGCUCCCUCCCUCCCCACUUACCCCUCCUGCCCUCCAAGUGUCCCAAACGGGGCACUUUGGAGGGCAGACAAGGUCCACGGGAAGGAAGGUAGGGUUCCUCUUCUUCCCCUUUUGGCUUUCCUCGCCCCCAAAAGGCUCCAGAGAGCCCUUUGGGGCAAGGAAAGAUCUGGAAAAAGGAGGACUGGGGCUGUGCCCAUGGCUCUCCCCCCUCACGGACUUUUGUUGACUCUCAGCUGUCUCUGAGAGACAGCUGGGGGAAGGGAAAAGGGCGGGGGGAGAAGCCCCACCCAGAGGGUGGAAGCUCCACCCAUAGAGGGUGGAAGCCACACACCCCUGGGCCAGAAGCCCUGACCCAGCACACAGCCCCAUCCCGAGGGGGCAGAAGCCCCGCCCCCUGGGUCACGAACCUAAAAAGGUUCACCAUCACUGAUCUAGGUGUUCACGGGUAUUUUGUCUGUAGGCCUUAUGUUUCUGUACCCUGUCAUAUUUCAGCUGGGCGGGAGGGUAAACUGUUCUGACAUCAAAGUCAUUAUAUUCCCAUUUUUGUGCUGGUCAGAAUUCAUUUGUCUGGGCACAUCUAAACAGUUCUAGUGGCAUAAUGUUCCUUGAGGCACGCUAAUGUGGCAUUUGCAGUAACUGCUAUCAGUCCUAUCAAAUUUGAAACUUGAAAAUUGCUAAGUCCAUCUUUAUGCUUUCAGCUGCAAAUGCAGCCUAGCUAGAGCAAAGUCUUGGAAAAGGUAAAAAUUCACUUUAUCAUUUUAUCUCCAGUAACAGUCUAGUUUCAUGUGUGAGAGUAUUCUGAACCAAUCAUCCACAACAGCUAUUGUAAAACAAAAAUUUAUUGUAGAGAAGGUAGAAAUACACUGGAUCAUGUUUUUACUGAAUCUGAAGAACUCCAAAGAGAAACCCCACUUUAAAACCCCAGCCCCCACCUUUUUUCCCUGUUCAACCCAGAUCAUUCCCCAACUCACCCCCUUCUCUACAGAGGAGGGAAUUCUACAUCAAAGCAGUCCUAAUGAAAGCACCAUUUGGUUCAUAGUCUCUUCUGCCUUGAGAUCUCUCAAACUGCCUGACUGGCACGAAUUGAUUGCUGCUCUCAGCUGAAAGUUCCGGAUACGUGAUCAUCCUGAGCAUAGCCCAUGCGGCAGCAACUCUUUCCCAGAAUGCCUUUCCCUGAGAGUUUUAGAUACAGGUGUUGUUGACAUAGGAUCCAUCAUGUCUAUCUAUCAUUAUCUAUUUAUCUGUCUUCCCCAUGUAUCUAUUUAACUAUAUAUAUGUGAGAGUUUAACCCACUGGACUUCCCUUCUGCAACCUCCCUCCAAUCCUUGUCCACCCCAGCAUACCACCCAUUCAUGACAGUCCAUUAAAGCAUAUGAAUAGUCAACUAAUAUCCCAUUGCAUAAUCCCCAAAGCAUACGAUUAUGUGUCUAGAAGCUAUCCCUACUUAUCUCACUAACUUAUACAAUCCUCAUGGCAGAAUCCUCACUGAAUCACUGAAUGAAGGAGGAUUCUGACAUCAUGUGGCACAUUAUCUAACUUCUGGUUGUUUUUUUCCUUCCCUGAUAGCACUGCUUCCAGAAGUUAGCUGGAAGUUGAUUCAUAUAUACACACACAUGUAAAAGGGCACUGACUAAAGAAGAAGAGGCUGAUCAUAUCUCUCACUCUCUUUCUCUGUGUUUAUCUGUCUGUGUGUGUAUGUGCACUAGCAUUGUAUUUCUUGAGAACUCCUCUAAGACCACAUUUUAGUCUUUAGAUCUUGCUGUUUCAAACUUGAGACAAAUAACAUAGGAAAAAGAAUCUGAAUUUACCUCAAAUAAUAGAUAAACACUGGCAGCAGUACUACAAAUUAAAUUUAAUUUGUAUUACUUUUGAAUAAGUAAUAUACAGUAAUCUGAUGAUUGAGUGAAGGUGGGCAGAAAAAUGGAACAAGGCUUUAUUGCACUUAACUGUGCUCAGCAGCAUAUGUUAAGAAAUUGAUGGGAUAAGAGAGAGUGAUGAACACUAGGUAUUUUAUGUAAAAAACUACAUGUGAAUAUUUUGAGCUAAUACAAUGGGCCCUUCCCUUACACGGGGGAUCCGUUCUGGACCCACCCAUCCCCGCAUAAGGGGAAUUCCACGUAUGCUCAAGUCCCAUUUAAAAAGGGGGGCUCGUGCCUGUAGCGCAGCGCAUGCGCCACACACACAUGCGCCAUUACCCCUUCCGGAGUGUGCCGAGGCUUCUUCCGGCAUGCAGAAGCACUGUAUAUUGGAAAAAGAAAAACAUAGUUUCCAUACUAAAUUUCUUCUUCCAGCUUUUGUUUGAUGCUAUACAUUUUUUAUUUUGAAUUAAGUUUCAUUUGGCUUCAGUGAAAGCUGCUUCUAAAAGAUGCAGAGUAUUGUAAGUUUGUAGGCCAUUGAAAGGAUCAAACUAUGGAAAACAGAAGAACCUGACUUCCUCACCCCUUCGUAACAAAUCCUAAAACUUGUUAGAAAAAUGACAGUUCAAACAAUUAGCCAAAUAUUUUAGGGGACAUAUUUCACUAUACUUCCAAGUAUAUUAGAAGAAAGCUUGACAUCAGUGUAGAGAAGGUAUGGCCAAAAGGAGUGCAUAUAGCCCUUAACUCCCUUUUAUGAUUCUCAAGUCAAUACACCUCAAAGUCCCCAUCUCAAAAGUAAUAUGUUGCCCCCAAGCUUAAAAACCAUCUGGUGGCUUACUUCAUGCUAAUUGCCACAACUUCCCUAAUCCACUAAAAGCUGAAAAUCAUCAUGAAGAAAAGCCACAAGUGAUGUGACAUCAUUUCCAGUGUGCUGGCAGUGUUUGCCAGUAUGGUCUGCCAGGAAAGGCGUAGAAAUGAAAAUUGUCCCCUUCCCCCAGCACUGUUUCCCAUUUCUGAUGCUGGCAUGCCUUUUAUGGAGGGCAGGGCUUCCUGAUGAUGAAGUAUGGGGAUACUGGUCCUGAAACUACACACAAUUUCCUCAAGGUGAUGUCUUUUUUCCAAAAAUAAACUGCAUAUACUUGAUCAAGUAUAAAACAGAGAAACUGAAAACUAUUAUUGCUUUCAUUAAUAUUACAUGACAUUUCUGAAAAGUGUGUUUAUGCUGCUUUCAGUUUUACUCUGAUUUCCCAUGUUGGUCAAGCUGUUUUCUUGUCUCAUGGAAUUGCUUUAUUUUUAAAAAGAAAUUAUCAGUCGAGGCUAAGCACUGAAGUAUGUGCUUCUAACACUGAAAAUUGUCAUGUUCAACACUGCAGCAUUCUAUUUUUACUCUUAUAUGGCUGAAUGAAUAAAGUUAACUGAUAUUUUAAAGAACUUUAACCAGCAUGGAAAUAUUGAUUUAGAAAUAAAUAUAGGGUAUGAUAGGUUCGCCUUAGGGUCUCCAUAAGUCAGAAACGAACACACAAACACCACCACUAACAACAAAAGCACAGUUUCCCAACACAUGCUGGUUGCAAAUGCAAGUAGGUUGUCAGAAGGACAGACUUUAGACACAUGUUUGAACUAUGUGAACAUUGUUAGGUGAACUCAGUUGGCUGUAUCUUUAAGGUGAUGUCAGUCAUCAGUCUGAACUGGCUAACAAUACCUUAAAUAUUGUAUUGAAAGGAAGAAGUGGUUUUUUUUUUGGUGCAUCUGUCAGGAAUCCACUCUUCUGAGUAGCAAGUGCUUUUCUAUAACUCCGUGGCAUAUAACCAAAACUACAUUUCAGGUAAUUAUUUUCUGUGAACCAUUUAAACUGUAUACAUAAAAUCUAUUUGAACUGAGCAUUGCAGUGGUCUCUUGUUACUUUUGCCCUUCUGAAAAUCUCCAUUGACAAAGAGGUAGAAGAGACCACAAGGACCAUUGAGUCCAGUGCCUACCAUGCAGGAACAUACAGUCAUGUGCUGGGACAAAUAAUUAGCCAUUACAAAAAAUUAUGUUUAUAAAACAUUGCCCUCAUAAAAAUAUUAAUGGUUAUGAAAUGCAGAGCAAUAUUAUGUACUCAAUCUGUCCUCCCCCCUUUCCCCCUUUUCCCAAUUACACUAGUCACUUCUCUUGAAAAUGAACACACUGGGGUGAGUUGGCAAGGGGUAUGUGUGGAAGAAAUAUUAAACUUCAUUAUCAUGAAACAAUGUAGAAAACAAAGUUCUGAAAAAUUAGAUUUGUUGAUAAUUUUUAUUAUGAAAUAACUAGUGAUUUUACAGAUGUUCCAUUAUUUUUAUCAAAGAGAGUGAUCUUUUCUUUUUUAAAAUGCUUGCCAAAAACAAUGUUCAUUUUGUUACAGAUAACGUUAUGUAUGUUUCCUCCAUCCCAAGAGAACUAAAAUACUUUUAAAUGUGAAUAUUGAGUACCCCAUACGUUUAUAGGAACUCUGUAAAUAUGUAGCUAUAUCUCUAGGUAUAUUUCUUCAUGACUAUGAAGCAUGCAUUGCCAGUUUUUGUAUGAUACAAUAUCCUAAGUACUGCUCUAGUCAUGUGCAAUUAGCACUUGUCUGUUUCUGUCCCCAACUCCAAAUCUUAGAUUAAACAUGACAAUAAUAGUUAA